GAUAAAAUCCAACCAACCUGAAACAAUCAACCAAUCACAUUCCAGAUAAGAUCCAACCAACGCGAAACAAUCAACCAAUCACAUUCCAGAUAAGAUCCAACCAACCCGAAACAAUCAACCAAUCACCUUUCAGAUAAGAUCCAACCAACCCGAAACAACCAGCCAAUCACCUUCCAGAUACGAUCCAACCAACCCGAAAGCAUCUUUUAAACAAGCAGCCAAUCACCUUCCCGGUAAGAACCAAUCAGGGAAGAGAGACCACAGGUCAUGCCAAAGAUUCCGGAGGGAGACAGAGAAUCAACUUUUUCUCCUUAUUUUCAUCUUUAUCCAACCUUUUUUCAGCAGAAGGUUCUUGCAAUCGUUCGGGAGCCAUGGAAGCGAACGCCAGGGCAAAGUGCAGCCCCCAGACCGACCCUGAGUGUUUGAAGUCCUUCAGGGCUGCUGUGGAGGUUCUGCGGCAGCGACCCUCGGUGUCCGUCUUCGUGGUUCCCUCCUCGCCCGGCGAAGUAGCGCGAACAGGAGGCUGCGCUGCCGACGCCAAACAGGACCAACCGAAGGUCAGUGAAGUCCAGCUGACCGGAGAGACCGGGAACGGAAGUGACGCUCGCAAAGGGCGUGUCAGCCCUGAAGGGUCUCCACCAGCAGGCCCCAAGGCACGACCCGAGCAUUUGCAGGAGCCUGACACGGGGGAUUCUAAUGACCAGGAGGCGGGGAAAGGCGACAAGAGCCGCAGCCAUAAGGCAGGAAAGGCUGACAAGGACUGGCGUGAACCUCCAACGGCAUCUACGAGUCGUCCUGCCUCAUCACAGAGUGCAAACCAGAGAGUGCAAAGGGCUCGUUUUUCGGGAAGGAGAGGCCAUGGAAGAAAGCAUGGCCGCGCUCCCUCGGAAGACUUGGCCGCAAAGGCGAUUAACUCGGCGCCUCCAGCUCUCGUUAGGGCCUCGCAUGUGACUUCAGUCCCCCGGCAGAAGUCGCGGUCAUUGCCCCUUCCCGAUGGCACUGCGGCUGGCACUUCAUCGCAGCACGAGGCAGAAGUGUCACAAUUGCUGGAACUUUUGGAGCGUGACAAUACAGUAAAGCGUGUACGUAAGAGCAGGUCAGCCGACCCAGUCCUGCAGCCGAACAUGGCCCCCUGCUCAACACUGGGUCAAACCCCGAGGCAGUCUUCCACCUUCCGACAGCCGUCCUGGCGACAGCAGCACAGAAGGCAGUUCUUGCUGAAACCUCUUUGUAAGAGGAUGACCCUCCACAUCAUGCUGCCGCAAGGCCAUGAAGAGGCACAGAAAAUCUGCUUUGUGCUCAGUGAAGUUGCAAAGGCCUUCCAUUGUGAAGUAGAUAUGUGCGAGGCAUUCCAGGACGUUGCAGAUUGUGGGAGAAUGGUGUACGUGCCAGUAGGUCCGAGCGCCUAUACCCCAUUUGUGCCCGCAUCUGAUACGUGCUCCUGGCCCCAUUCACACGGGAACCGGGCAGAGGGAAAGGUUAUCAGGAGAGUCAUCCAGAAGGGAAUCCAUAAGCACGCCCCUCGCGAGAGCCAGAAGGCGAACAGGACUCCAGAUCCGUUGACGCGAGGGGCGCUCAACAAGGAAGUGCUCCCGACGUUAUACCCGGAGGUUAUUCUCAGUGAAUCUCCUGCAGAAUUCAUCCUUAAAGAGGCAGCCAAGAAGCAGGAUGCAUGUUGAAGGCAGAUGACGGCUGUCAUGUUAUCUGAAACAACUAUUUCAGGAAAAGUAUUUAUUUUUCUUUUUUCUUUUUACUAUAUUCGAAGGAAAGCAAUCCUUUAUGUUACUCUUUUAAAGGACUGGGGAUGAUCUUUGAAAGAAAAUCGUUAUCAAGCGGGUUUCUGUUAUUUGAAAUUCUAAAGUUGCAGAAGGUUAGAGACAAUGCCAUUGAUAUCAAUUUAUGUUAACCAAGAAAUACUUCGAUUUCUUUUGUCUUCAGUCUCAUUAUAUUAUUAUAUAUAUUUGCUCUUUCUUCACAAUAGGUGUUCUAGGGUGAUCUGAACACAUGUUUCUUUUCCGUGUUAUAUAUUUUUUUUUUCAGUAUUGUUUCUUAAUUAUUUUGUCUUUUUUAUCCAAGUGACAGUAUCUCUGCGUCCGUAUUCAGUGGAUUUCUUUCAAGUAGGGAAAAGGUUUAUUGUUUGUUUCGUGAUCUUUUUCUUUCUUUCUGCUUCACCGUCUCCCCUCCCUUCCCUAUGCCUCCUCCUCCUCCUCCUCUGCCUCCUCCUCCUCCUCCUCCUCUGCCUCUACCUCCUCCUCCUCCUCCUCCUCC